AUGAGUUUAACUAAGAAUCAAAUAUCGCAGAUCCAGACAAAGGUUCUAUACAAUGAACAAGAUACCGCUUCGACUAGAUAUAUGGAAACAUUAUCUCGAGUUACCUCGAUAGCGGCUUCUUUGCUGCAUGGAGAAAUAAAGCAAAAGGACAUCGAUGAAAUACCACUAUUAGACCAAUUGGUAGAUAUAAGGUAUUCUGAAUUGCAGGCCAAUAUUGACGUUAAGAAAACGAAUUUAGAGAAUUGGGAAUCUGUUAAUCAAAAUGUCGUUGAACAUUUCGAAAAUAAAAGCAAGGAUAUAGUUCCUGAAUUACAACGUUUCAAUAAAAAUAUAGUGGAGAAAAUCACAAAGCUGAGAAAACUAUAUGAGUUAAUUAAUAUGGUAAAUAGGGAGGUGGAAGAUUUAUCUGAGGGAAGAACUAGUUUAGUUGUUCCAAAGGAGACCUGGAUUGAUGAAUUAGGUCCAGACCUAACAGAAAUUUUGAUUAAAAAGAGAUAUCUGAAGAAAACAGAUAUGGAAAAGGCAAAUAAGCUACAGGGGAAGGAAUUGCUACGUGCUUACGAUGAUUUUUCCAAGGCUCCAAAGGAAUUAAAACGAAUCAACGAAUUGAUGAGAACUGACAUAGAUAAAUUAUCUCAAGAUGUCAAGACAUAUAAGGACAAAUGGUUAAAAGAUGCUGAAAUAUUUAGCAAAAUUAGUGCAGUUCUAAAGGACGAACUGAUUAAGAGAGAUUUACAAACUAAAUUGAAUGGUAAUGAAUCUGAAGAAGAAGAAGAUUAUGAUGAGGAAGAAGAAGACGAAACCAGGUUCAGGAGGCAACGACAAGCUAACUCGAAUGAGGAACUAAUUGAUCAAGAUAUGGAAGAAAGAGAAGAGGAAGAGGAAGAAGCGAUGGAAAAUUUUGAGCAGGACAAUGAUGAAGGACUUCAUAGUGAACUUGAGGAGGAUAUAGAUCAUGACGAUGAUGUUCUUGAUCAUGGGAAUGAUGAGGAAGGAAACCUGAUUACUGAGCAACAAGACGACUUAGAAAGUAGCCCGGAUGACGAGCAUAGCGGAGAUGAAGAAGAACCACUAGAUGAGACAGAGAAAUCAAAGGGCGAUUAUCAUACAGAUGCUGCCCAAUCGCCCGAGGACCAUCCUGAAGAGUUUGUGGAAACUAACCAAUCCGAUGUUGAAGAAGAAAGCAAUGAGAAUGAAGAACAACUGCAACCAAAAGAGGUAGCUAUGAAUAGUCCUGAUCUGGAUAAUUAA